UCUGUUUACUGUCCUAUGCUGUGAGAUUGGGAUAACGGAGUUAGAUGAAUUCGCUCAAGCUGCUUUUUGUGGAUAUAAUUCUCUGAACUGUAUUCAGAGCCGCAUAUUUCAUACUAUUUAUAACACUAAAGAAAAUAUACUAGUUUGUGCUCCAACAGGAGCUUGCAAAACAAACAUAGCUAUGAUUUCUAUUCCACAUGAGAUUGCACAGCACUUCAAAGACGGUUACUUGCAUAAAGAUGAAUUUAAGAUAGUUUAUGUUGCACCAAUGAAGGCAUUAGCUGCAGAAGUUACAUCAACUUUUAGCCAUCGCUUAUCUCCAUUGAAUAUGACUCUGAGAGAACUUACUGAUGCAAGGUUCUAAGAAUGAACUUGAAGAAACUCAGAUGAUAGUUGCCACACCUAAGAAAUGGGAUGUCAUUACUCACAAGAGCAGUGACAUGUCACUUUCAAUGUUGGUGAAGAUCCUAAUUAUUGAUUAAGUGCAUCUAUUAAAUGAUGAUGGAGGCCCUUGUAAUUGAGGCACUAGUUGCUUGAUCUUUGCACCAGGUGGAGUCUACACUGACAAUGAUAUGCAUUGUAGGCCUUUCAGCCAAUCCACGGAACUAUUUAGAGGAUGCUACAGUUUCUGAGAGUGAAUCCAGCUUUAAUUCUAGUUAUCGCCCUGUGCGCCUCGCACAGCAAUAUAUUGGUAUUAGUGAGCAGAAUUUUACAGCCCAUAUUGAAUUGCAGAAUGAGAUAUGCUACAAGAGGGUUUCUUUUUCCUUGGGCUCUCCUUUGUGUAACUUUGUUGAAUCACUCAGGAAAGAGGUGGCACUUGGUACUGUCACCAAUGUCAAGGAAGCUUGUGAAUGGCUUGGAUAUACGUACCUUUUCAUAAGAAUGAGGCUGAAUCCUUUGGUGUAUGGUAUUGGGUGGGAUGAGGUUGUUGGUGAUCCUUCCUUGAGUUUAAAGCAAAGAGCUCUCAUAGCAGAUGCUGCACGUGCCAUGGACAAAGCAAAAAUGAUGCGCUUUGAUGAGAAAAGUGGCAACUUUUUGUACAGAGCUUGGUCGAAUUGCAAGCUCUUUUAUAUUCAAUACUCAAGUGUUGAAACAUAGAAUGAAAUGUUGAGACGCCACAUGAAUGAGACUGAGGUAAUAGACAUGGUAGCCCACUCUUCAGAAAUUGAAAAUAUUGUUGUUUGAGAUGAGGAACAGAAUGAGCUAGAGACGUUGGUGCGAUCAUCGUGCCCAUUAGAAGUUAAGGUUCUAAAAAACAUGGAAAGAUAUCCAUUCUCAUUCAGGUUGAUUUAUGCUGAACUGGUACGAAAUGCUAGUGAAGAAGUUAGAAAA